CAAAAGCAAAACGUUGCUUCCUGUCUUGCUGGGUCCAAGAGCAGUUUUUGAUAGAAGCAGGAAGAUUUUUAACUCCUGGUAUCAUUAUAAAGGAUCAACUUCCUGCCUUGCGACUGUAAACAGAUAUGCACCCUGACCUUUCACCACACCUGCAUACAGAUGAGUGUAACAUUCUCAUUCAACGCCUUCAGCAGUGCCAUAAAGAACACAGCUUCAUGAAGUUUCUGGGGAAAUGUAAUGACAUAGACCGAGAGAUGAGACAUUGCUUAAGUGCAGAGCUGCAAGCCAAGAGAGCCAAAAGCAGAGAGCACGCUGCAAGGAUGCAAAAGCGGAUUAGGGAGGCUUCUGAGUGACUUUCCCCUUGGGAUGUGCAUCCAAAGCUGGACAGAGAACUGACUUCAAAACACACCUGAGCACUGGAGAUUCACAGAAACUGUUGUCAUGUUCUGUUCCUGUUUGCCAACUCAUGGAAUUAGUCCAAUUUUCAUCAUUUAUACCCAACCUCAUUGGCUUAUUGUCACUGGAUUGUUACAAGACUUGAGUGCUAAAGAUGAUUAAACUCUAUAGACUUUAUACUGUGUCAGUGAAAUGUAAGAUCACUCAUGUUUUAAGUCAAGAAUUUUUGGUAAGGCACUGAUCCACUCUCAGUAGUCCGGUUCUGCCACCUGCUGGAGAGUGUGUGUGUUACAGGAGAAAGAUUCCUGUGCCACAUUGGCAACAUUUUGCUGUUUCUCGUAGUCUUUCGUAGUAGUCUUAUGCUGAUGCCACUACACCACCGGCUGGCUAUUUAUAUUACUAUUCUAUAAUGAAAUCUAUAAAUCUUGGGUGUGAAAUUUUCAUCAUUUCAUUGUCUUUUAUAGGGAAAAGUUUUCUUGUGAAGCAGGGCUUCUUUUAUGACACUCCUUCAGCCUCGUUCUAAUUUUAAGGAUCUUACUCUGACCCGUCACACCGGAGAAAUAUAAUUUCUCUCUCUACCUUCUGUGAUUGCAUCUAAACUUGCCGGACUCUGCAUUGCUCUCAUAAUCCCACUGCAGUUCCCUCUGAAGGUCCUACCCAAUCACAUAAACUGUUUACACUAUCAAAUACUUUAUUUAAAUGCCUCAAUAAGGUAGAUUGUCCUUUCUCCCUAAAUUGUAGGGGUUCCCAGCCUGGGAUUUACAGACCCUUGAUUAAUAGUAAGGCUCACUGGCAUCAAAAGGGUUGGGAACCUCGGCCCUAGAAUGUACAUUGUUGAUUUUAAUCUGGGGCUGGAUAAGAAUUCUCCUUAUGAAGAUUAAAAUCCACCUUGUAACAUGAUGUGUGUUUUCUUUCCACUUUUCCCACCUGUAGAAGAGUCUGUUGUCUCUACAUUGGUCUCAAAAGCCAUCUGAGAACUUACAAAGUACAGGUCAUUCUCGAUCACGAUGAACUGCUGAAGAUGAGAGGGUUGUUGUGGCUGUAGAUACACCAAAGGUCAAAGUAAAUGUCACCUUAUACUACCCUGAGAUUCAU